UCGGUUCCAAUCAAGGAUCUUUGCAGCGGCGCCACCGUAUAAUUUCCAUUAGGUUCAUAAUCGUGCAAUACAAAAGGGGCAUUUUAGGGAAUUCCAUUCUGGCGCCUUUUCCAAUUAAAAAGUAAAUCGAUGUAAAGCCUAAAUCUAGGUACUACCUCUCUUGCACCAAAGAGAGCUGUCCAAUUUUUGCAGACCCGCGUAGAAAAAGCACUGUAAUUCAAUGCAUUCGAGAAAGAAUUGGGACAAAGCAUCCUCAAGCUCAGCCAGUGAUCAAUUUAUUAACACCGUCAAAGGAUCAAAUGGUUCAGAAACAGGAAACUCGAUUUAUGAAGGAAACGAGAAAUACUACAGUGGAGACAACAUCGUGCGAUGCUAUUGCCAAGAACAAUGCCGAAUUGUGACUGCUUGGACAGAGGCAAAUCCAUCAAGAAGGUUUCAUGGUUGCAGAAAUUAUGGGAAACGUGGUGCUUGCAGAUUUUUUUUGUGGUAUGAUCCACCCAUACCCCAAAAGAUGAAAAAUAUAAUGGGUGCACUUUUAAGGGACCUGAGAAGUGUUGAGAGAGAAAACGCAGCAUUAUUGAUUGAAAUGAACAAGUUGAAGGCAAAAGUGAAAAUAUUGUUUAUAAUUUGUAUCUGUUUUGGCGUUUUACUUGUUUUUGUACUUGGAGGCAAGGAAAGGAAGAAACAAGGUUUGCUGGAAUUGAAGAUGUUGCAGUAG